GCGUGUGAUUUACUUCAUGCACGGUUUCUGUUUUUAUUCAUUAUAACUGUGUAUCUCGGAAACGGACCCUGAACGCAUCACGAAUUGACAAAAACACUUUUAAAAUUAUUUAUUUAUUAAUUUUAACAUCAUUUGGGUUUGUUUUGGGGCUCAGCGCGUCACACCGUCACAUGGAGUCUGCAGAAGGUCAAAGGGGGCGGGACGGAGGCGGUCCGAGGCGGUCCCCUCUGGACCUCAUCAUGAACCAGAUCCGCAGGAAGCGCUCGGCCCCGGACAGGAAGCCGCUGGGACGCUUCCUGUCCCGGGACCGGACGGGGAUCCCGGAGGACGGGGAGGCGGAGGAGAGAGGACCCGGAGCCGGACCCGGACCCGGACCCGGUUCAGCCGCGGUGGGCGAGCGUGAGGCCGGCUGGGGCCGUGUGUGUGUGUUCCUGCAGCGUUUGGGGAAGAAGGCCGACAGCAGGAGCCUCAGUCUGGCCCACUGUGACCUCACCGCCACGGACCUGCUGGAGUCAGCGACGUUGCUCCAGUUCCUCCCUCAGCUGGAGGAGGUGGACGUCUCCUGGAACGAGCUGAUUGGUGGAUGUCUGACAGCGCUGACCUCUCACCUCCAGGAAGUGGGCGGGAUCAGAGCGCUGAGGCUCUGCAGCUGCCGGCUGAACGCCGCCGACAUCACUGCACUGGGUGAAGCUCUCGCCUACAUCCCCCUCCUGGAGGUCCUCGAUCUGUCCUGGAACGGCGGCGUCGGCGGUGCCGCUUUGCAAGGCCUGCUGGGUAAUCUUCCCCCUCCGCUGAGGGAGCUCCACCUGGUGGCCUGCCAGCUCACUGCGGCCGACGCCGCCGCACUGGGGGAGACGUUGUCCGGCGUCUCCAGCCUGCGUGCGCUGGACGUCUCCUGCAACCCUCAGCUGGCGCAGGAAGUGGGCGGCGGCGCCGGCUUCGGGGCGCUGGCCGCCGCCCUCUCGCACGCCGCCGCCCUCGCCACGCUGCGGCUGCAGGCCUGCGGGCUGACGCCGGCCGGCCUCCACGCCCUCGGUGGGUCGCUCCGCCUCCUCCCCGCCGUGCGACACUUGGACCUGUCCGGUAACAAAGCUCUGGCCGGAGGCCUGGCCCGCCUCACGCCACACCUGGCUCACCUGGCACACCUGGAGAGCCUCGACCUCCACCGGUGCCGCCUCACGCGCCCCGACCUGGAGGCCCUGAUCCAGGUUCUUCCGUCUCUGUCGUCGCUGACGAAGCUCGACGUGUCGUCCAAUAAGGAGGCAGGGGGCGUGGUCAGCCGGCUGGUCGCCGCCCUCCCUCUGACACAGAUGAGGCAUCUGCCGCUGAACAGCUGCAGCCUGAACCCCGAGUCCUUCACCUCCCUGGCUCUGGCCGUGCCCUACCUGCACAGUGUGGACGUGUCGUGGUGUAAGGAGGUCGGGGGUCGUCUGGUCCUCCUGCUCGACGCCCUGCAGCCGGCCGUCGUCCUGGAGCUCCGCCUCAGCAGCUGUGAGCUGACCACGGACGACCUGCGCCACCUCGCGGCCGCCUGCAGCCGCGGCUCCUUGUCGUCGCUGCGCUCGCUGGACGUGUCGUACAACGGCGGCGUGGAGGCCGGCGGCUGGGCCGCCCUGUUGGCGGCGGGGGGGCUGUCCUCGCUGCGGGACGUCGACCUCAGCCUGCGACCUUCGACCUCCGCGCCCUGCUCGGCCUGGCUGCCGGCGCUGCUGGGCGCCGUGCCCCGCCUCCCGGCGCUGACACGCCUGGCGCUGCAGCGCUGGACCGCCGGCUCCCGGGACCGGCAGCGGCUGGACGGCGUCCUGAAGAAGAGGAGCGUCCGGCUGGAGUGGGACGCGCUCGAGGCUACCGAGGAAGAGUAGAGCCUCAAACGCCUGGAGACGACCUUCAAAGGUCACUGAGGGGGAACUGAGCGGAGACAUCCGAGCUUUGGUUUUCCUGGAGAUUGAAGACAUUUAAAAUCAAAAAUAUUUAAUUUUCUUAAUUUGUAUUGAACACAUAGAAGUACAGAACACUCAAUUAAAUUAAGGAUUUAUUCAUUAUAUAUAUAUAUAUAUAGUAACUAAUAUAUUUAUAUAUAUAUAUGAAUAAAUAAAUAAAUAAAAAUAUUAUAUAUAUGCAGUAUAUAAAAUAUAUAUGUAUUAUAUAUAAGAAAUAAAUUAGCGAUAUAUUUAUACAUAUAUAUGUAUAUGUAUUUAGCAAAGUUAUAUUGUUUUCAUGUCACCUGAUUUAUAUCUUUUGUUGUAACGAGGGAAUAAAUCAAGAUUUUUUUCUCAUACAACCAGAGGAGUCGCCCCCUGGUGGUGAGUAGAGAGAAUGCAGCUUUAACACAUGAAGCAUAGACUUCUAUACAACCAGAGGAGUCGCCCCCUGGUGACCAGGAGAGGAAAUAACUGCCGUCUUCUAUGAGUUAAUCUCAAUAGUUUUCCGUUAUUCUAAAAAUAUAUAUAAUUUCAUAAGAUCUUGAUCGGGCGAUCCGGUUUGAUGAAAUACGCCUCUUGGCAUUCACAGGCGUCUCUUACGCCCUUAAAAUACGUGCACUGAAUAUUUUAAUAUGAAUAAAAUGUAAAUUUACUUUGA